GUCAUUUUAUGUUAUAUUGACAAUUAUGAUAAAGUUGGAUUUACGAGUUACUGGAAUAUGAAUUAAAUUUAUUGAAAGUUCAGAAUAUAAGUAUAUUUUCCGUAAAAUGGGAAUAUUUACAUCCUGCUGUAAGCCUUCCGCGGCAGACGUGCUAACUCCAGAUGCAGAGACGAGGAGAAGGCAGCAGGUCGAGGCGGCAGAGCGUCGUCGUAUCGAGGAGGCUUCCAGGGGAGUGAAGGAUCCUGAACGUAUGCGACGAGCUCAGCAGCGUUCCGAGGAGAUGGAGAGAAGGGAACAGGAGCUGAACAGCGCUGGCGGGGCCAACUUGAAGUGGACGGCCAACUGAGAUACGGAGUCGGGCGGAGGCUCUUCAUCCGCUGACAAAUACAAAUACAAAAACUGAAGCCCACCCUCAUCACAAGACACAUCGGCCACCAACAAACAUAUCGAGCAAAAUCAUUACAAGCAGCUGAUUUUAAAUUUGUAUUCAAUUCUCUUAGACUAAUAUACGUUUACCACAAACUUGUUUAUUUUAACAAGUAUGAAACUUUUCAUUAAACAUAGAUCAGGAAUGUGAUGACCGACUUCAAAUAAGAGUUAAUACUGUCUUUGAAGAAUAUAACCUGCACUUGUGUACCAAAAAUGAGAAUAUGUUAAAAAAAAAAUGUUGAAACACAGAACCUCUCUUUUGGAAGUCGGUUAAGGAUCUUAAUAUUUAAACACUAAAUGUGUUGUAGAGUAAGUGUUUUCUAUGAUAAUUUUAAUGUUUGUUAAUAAAAUUCUAUAUAUUAAUCUAUUUUGUUUGAUCUAUUGAUGUUGUAUUGGAAAAAUUUUCAGUUCUUGAUUUUGCAUAUAAUUAAUAUGAAUAAUUUUAUUAUGAAAUUUUCACUGUUAGUUGAUGUAGCCUGCAGACAUAUAUAUUUGAGAUUUUGAUUUGUCAGUCUCGAUCACACCUAACUAAAUGUGUUUGAAACAGCGGCCCGUUAUUGGCCUUAUGAGUUAAGAGAUUUAAUGUUACUAUAUUUGUAUUGUCUUAGUAGUUUUUAUGUAUUGGUGUCUAUAUUGGAGGAAGUCUUAAUAUUAAUGUUAGUGUAAGGACUGAGAAUACCGAAUUUUUUCCUCUCCCAAGACUAUCAAAGUAAUAAAGUUGUAUCAGUUCAGAAUCAUCCGAUGCGAGGAACCACACUGAAGACUAUGCUGUCUGUUUAUUGAAUGUUGUAAAUUAAGUGAUAUUUUUCUUAUAUUAUAUAUUAAUCUUGAUUGUAUAUUAAAUAAAUGUUAUGAUUAUUGCAA